AUGGCAAAACCUGUGAAGACAAUUGUACUGAGAGUACUAGCUGUUGUCUCUUUCUUGAUUGCGUCCAUUGUCAUGUUUUUAAGCAAUCAAACGGUUCAAGUUCAAAAUUCUAUCAAGGUCAAAGUCAAAUACAUCGAUUGGAAUGGUUUCUUGUUUUGUCUUGUUGUGAACUGCAUUGGAUGGUUAUACAAUGGUCUAGUCAUGGCAAUACCUUCUGGAAGUCAGCUAUGGAAAACUGUUAUUGUACUAGAUGUGAUUGUGAAUAUCCUAGUUGGUACAAGCCUUGGAGUAGGUUGGCAAACAUACUCACUAAUUAGGCACGGGAAUAUAUACGCAGGAUGCGCGCCGUUAUGUGGCAUAACGCCGUAUUUCUGCAGCAAGAUUAUGGGUUCGCUGAUUACCUCGACUAUCGGGUUUGUCGUUAGCUUUGUACUUAUAAUGAGUACUCUUCAUGUUUGUGUAGAUCCAUUUCUUUUGGGCGAUAAUUCUUAG